AUGAGCUUCACGGCUCCGGCCCUCGUCGCGCCUCCCCCCUCGUCGCCCCUCCACCGUCGCCGCGCUUCCCCGUCGCCACGCGUAUCCCCUCGUUGCGCCUCCCCCGUCGCCGCGCGUCCCCCCUCGCCGCGCGUCCCCCCUCGCCGCGCGUCCCCCCUCGCCGCGCCUCCCCCCUCGACGCGCAUCCCCCCUCGCCGCGCCUCCGCCCUCGUCGCUUGUCUCCCCUUAGUCGCUGCCUCCCGUUGCCUCCAUAUUGGCCUUGUCAUUCACCUCGUCCCACCGUCGUCGCGUGACCCUCCGUCGUCCCUCGUCCCCCCUCGUCGCGCGUCCACCGUCGCCGCGCUUUCCCCGUCGCCACGCGUAUCCCCUUGUCGCGCCUCCCCCCUCGUCGCGCCUCCACCGUCGCCGCGCGUAUCACCUCGUCGCGCCUCUCCCCUCGUCGCAAGAUUCCAAUCGUCGCGCCUCCCUUGUCGCCGCGCGUCCCCCCUCGCCGCGCCUCCCCCUUGUCGCGCCUCCCCCCUCGCCGCGCCUCACCCCUUGUCGGGCCUCCCCCCUCGACGCGCAUACUCCCUCGCCGCGCCUCCGCCCUCGUCGCUUGUCCCUCACGUCAACGGACGCUCGCUCCGUGAUAAGGCACGACCCUUGGCGGCAGCGACUGACGUUCUCCCGUCUGCAUCUCUACACCCGGCCCCUCUUUGUCGCGUGAUUGACAUGACGGUGAUAAGAGGAAGCGUACCACCGACGAUUCAAAGGGCGAACCCUUCUACGAGACGGAGAUGCGCCGCAUGUUCGAGAUGUUGUACAUACAGGCCUGUGACUGAGACAGCGUUGACCAAUAUGGACACCAACGUAUCCAACCGCACGCUUUUUGUGUCCGGCUUUUCGAACGAGACCCAGAAGGCAACAUUGUUUUCAAGGUUUUCUGAGUAUGGAGAUGUUGAGAACAUUACGAUCGACAAGGACGAGGUGACCGGACAGUCAAUGGGAUCUGGAUACAUCACAUUCAGUUCGACGAUGGCUGCCUUCAAGGCGCUCCACGACCCAAACAAGACGGUCAAUGGUCGUUCGACUGACUUUUCUCUCACUGCAUGGAGCUUGCCGACGGCGUCAUCUGCCACGACUGGUUCAAUCAUCGACAAAUCUUUGCAUAGGAUUUACGUCUCGCACCUGCCGUUCGAAUGGAAUGAGGAGCAGCUUGAAAGACAUUUUUCACAGUAUGGGAAGGUGGGGGAGCACGCGAUCAUAGUUGAUCUAUCGACGGGAAAAUCAAAAGGGUAUGGCUUCGUCACAUUUCAAACAAAAGAGGGGGCAGCGAGCGCCGUUGCUGCGCCAAGCACUACGAUUGCA